AUGCUAGUCACAUUUGCUAGUAGUUUGAUCUUGACGGAGAAGGGGCGAGCAAUACAGACAUUCCCAGAAAGCAUACGCAAACUUUGGAAUGAAGGGGAGAUACGCUUGAUGGUUCUAUUCAGCCUCUUCCUACAAAUUGUCCUCAUCAUCUUUAGCAACCGACGAAAGUACACAUUUAGACCUUGGAUCAGAAUCCUGAUUUGGUCGGCAUACAUGGCUGCAGACUGGGUGGCCACAGUAGCCCUUGGUACCCUCUCCAGAAGCCAAGGAGAUUCGCAAGGUAAACUUCUGGAUCCAAACUAUACCCUCAUGGCAUUUUGGGUACCGUUCCUUCUCUUGCACCUUAGUGGCCCGGAUACUAUCACCGCUUACUCUUUAGAAGAUAAUGAGUUGUGGUUAAGGCACUUGCUUGGACUGGUUGUCCAAGUUGGGGUGGCUUUUUACGUGCUUCUGAGGUCUUGGGCAGGGACUCCACCCACAUUUCUGUCCAUUCCAAUGGUUGUGGCUGGAAUUAUCAAGUAUGGAGAGAGGACCUGGGUUCUGAGGUCUGCAAGCAAGAAUCACUUUAGAGAUUCUUUGCUUUCAGUUCCUGAUCCUGGACCUGAUUAUGCUGAUGUCAUGAAGGAAUAUGGUUCAUGGAAGGACAAAAUGGAGGUUGCUAGAAUCAGGAAAGAAGAGAUCGUUGAAAAGCCACUUCAAUCUACCGUUGGUGAUGACAUUACUAUUCCGGGUGGAAAAUAUAUUUAUAAAGCUUAUUUCUUAUUCAAGAACCAAUUCAGACAUCUAUAUGCAGACCUCAUCCUCAGCUUGGAUGACCAACAAACCAGUGAGCGCAUCAUCAAGGAAUUGUCAUUCGAAGAGGCCUUCAAAGUGGUAGAGAUGGAGCUUAGUUUCUUGUAUGAUGUGCUCUACACCAAGGCAAAAGUGGUUUAUUCUCUACUAGGCAUUCUUCUCCGCACUGCCAGUUUCAUGUGCACUAUUUCUGCCUUAGCGGCCUUCUUCUUUAUCCAUAAGCACCAGUUCUCAAACAUUGACAUCAACAUUACUUACACGUUACUCUUUGGAGCUAUUUUUCUGGAGAUUUACGCUAUCAUUAUGCUGAUUUUGUCUGACUGGACCAUUGCCUGGUUGAGCAGUAAGAAGUGCUUCCUGACUGAUUCCAUUUGCCGAGCCAUUACCUCUUUUCGAUCGGUUCUAACGAGUGACAAGAGAUGGACCAGACGCAUGGCACAGAACAACUUUAUCGAUUCUUGCCUCAGAGACGAAACCAAGUUUGAUGAGGUUCCCAGGUUCUUUGACAUGAACAGAUUCUUGGAGAUACUGGUACAUGACUUGGGAGAAGGUCUAUGA